GUGCACUAUGUUGCGGUAGGCAUCUAGUAUGAUCUAGUGUAGACAGUGCACAGCGCUGUAGCCUAUGAGCGACGAGGAGGACACCGGAGAGGACGACCGCAGGAUCUUGCGAUCAGCUAGAGGCCCGAUAGCCCACGUGUCUUUAGGACCGGAGGGUGGUAGGAUUCUGUUCCGCCGGCUUAGGGAGAGGCAACAGCAGCAGAGGAGGGCUAGAGCAUCCGAGGCCAGCAGAACUUUAGUUAGCGAGGCCGGUGCUACAGCAGCCAUGGCCACUACAGCCAUGUCCACUUCUGCGCAGCAGACUUCCCAAGCCGGUAGUUCAGGUGCCGUCGGGUCGACGGUCGCGCAGACCGUGAGUCAGUCCACUGGCGUUAUGGCAAGCCAGGCUUUAGUGUUGACUCCAGAGGAUGUCGCCAUCCAGCAGGCAACCCUGCAGGAGGCACAACUACAGCGGGCAUUAGGAGAGAUAAAAGCCGAAAAGGAGAAGAUGAUCAGAAGCAGAGCCAGGAUGCAGCGUAGAGGGGCAGAUAUAGAGGAGUUAGAAAUGAUGGACCUGACACAUAUGGAUGAUGAUGUGAAGGUAGUUAGGAGGGCCCUGCUAGGCGUUAUAGAGAUGCAAGAGCAUCAAACUACCAUCCUUCAGGACGUUCAACAGAGCCUAGCCGUUUUGGCAGGCCGUGCGCAGGCUGCACCAUCACCAGCCGGGCCUGGUGCCUUGCCCGUGCCAUAUCCUUCUUUUUUUGUCCCACCGGUGACAGCGGUAUCCACAUAUGUAGCCCCGUCAACGGUUGCUAUCGUUUCCCUGGGCAUGCCGCUGUCAGGAGGGGUAACAGCAGGGAGUAGUUUGCAGGUUCUUGUACAGACAGUGUUUACUCCAAGUCCGUCUCAGGUUGCUGUCACCACGCAGCCUGCUGUCUCGCAGCCUGUGCACCCUCAGGCCACGCAGCCCCAGCAGCUAGCACAGCAACCUGUGUCACCGGGUCCACAGCCUGGAGUGAUGCAGGGACCAGGACAAACUCAGUGGGUUUUGAAGACGACCAUCGCCGCUCCCAAACCUUUUACAGGGGACAAGAGAGGCGAAGACCUCGACACAUGGUUGAGGGCAGUGUCGGUCUACGUCAGGUGUAAACUCACCUUGCUGCACGAAGAAGUGCUUGUGGCCGCAUCUUACCUAGAGGGUAGUGCGGCAAGAUGGUUGAGCGGCUUAGAACAGCUCCAGGGAUAUAGUCAUAACUUCCGCGCUUGGGCAGCCACGCAGAAACUGGAUGACUUCCUGAAGAUGGUGGAGGAGAGGUGGCACGAUCCUCAGGAGGCUCAAAGGGCCACUGAUGCGAUCCUGACACUGCACACGAGGCAGUUUAAGUCAGUAAGGGAAGCCACCGACGUUGUUGAGCUUAUGAUCGGUGUCCCAGGGGUGCGUUAUGACCCCCAGGUCCUGCUGACUUCGUACGUGAGGUGCUUUUCUCAACCUCUCAGGAACCAGUUGGCAAAAGAGGCCAACAUCAAUAUGCACAACUUCCCUUCGUUUAGCAAGGUGACCCUAGACCUUGAAGCAAAGAUAGCGCAUGGACAGGCACCCACUAUGGAUGGGAGGAAGAAGACACUGCCUCCUAACUGGAAAGCGAAAGGUCGCUUGAUGUUCGUCGACAACGAUGGUUCAACCAUCGAGGUGGACGACAACUUCCCGGAGGGAGUAGGUUCAAAGGCAAGCAGCAUAGAUGCUUAAGAGGGUGGAGUAAUCGCUGCCGUAUCUCAAAAAGGAAAG